AUGCCUAUGCUUCUCACUGCCCAUCGGUCCGCCGCAAUCCACCUCCACACCUGGUGUUCAAUCAUAGUGAGACCCUCUUUCUCGAUUCAUCAACCCAUUUCAUACUUUUUACCCCACCCGAAGCCUCAAUUUCUGCUGAAAAAUAUCCUCAAUUUUCGAAGAAUUUCGACUCGGGCAUUCGAUGUAGAGAAAAACGAAGUUGCGUCGGAUAGAGAUGAGAAAAUUGAAGUGGGAAGCCAGUUGGGGGAUAGUAAUGAUAAUGGAAGCAUUGGGGGAUAUAAUGAUGAUAAGUAUCCGAGUGGGGAGUUUGUGUUCAGGGAGUAUAACCUGUGGGAGAGUUUUACAGUGAAGCUUAAGAUGCUAUUUGCAUUUCCCUGGGAAAGGGUGAAGAAGGGCAGUGUUCUUACCAUGAAAAUACGCGGACAGAUAUCUGAUCAGCUGAAGAGCCGUUUCUCCUCAGGAUUAUCUCUACCUCAAAUUUGUGAGAAUUUCAUAAAAGCUGCUUACGAUCCUCGUAUUGCGGGUAUCUAUCUCCAUAUUGAACCAUUGAGUUGUGGUUGGGGAAAAGUUGAAGAAAUUCGAAGGCACAUAUUGGAUUUUAAGAAGUCAGGCAAGUUCAUUGUGGGUUAUGUGCCUGCAUUUGGAGAGAAAGAAUACUACAUCGGCAGUGCUUGUGAAGAGCUCUAUGUCCCACCAAGUGCCUACUUUCAAUUGUAUGGGUUGACUGUUUCAGCAUCAUUCCUUGGGGGUGUCCUUGAGAAAGUUGGGGUUGAGCCACAAAUUCAACGGAUUGGUAAAUACAAGAGUGCAGGGGACCAACUUGCGCGUAAAAAUAUAUCUGACGAAAACCGUGAGAUGCUGACUGCGUUGCUCGAUAAUAUUUAUGGAAAUUGGCUUGACAAAGUUUCGCUUGCAAAAGGAAAGAAGAAGGAAGAUAUUGAAAACUUUGUCAAUGAAGGAGUUUAUGAUGUUGAGAGACUGAAAGAAGGUUGCUGGAUAACAGAUAUAAAAUAUGAUGACGAGGUUAUUUCACUGUUGAAAGAGCGCUUGGGAUUUCCAAGUAUCAAAACUCUGCCUACAGUUGACUACAGGAAGUACAGUAGAGUUAGGAAAUGGACUCUAGGCUUGACAGGUUAUAAAGACAAGAUAGCCAUAAUUAGAGCCUCUGGAGCUAUUAGCAGGACACGAGGUCCACUGAGUGUGUCCAGCUCAGGGAUCAUUGCUGAGAAAUUCAUUGAGAAAAUUCGCAGCGUCAGAGAGUCAAAAGUAUAUAAGGCUGUCGUCAUUCGUAUUGAUAGUCCUGGAGGGGAUGCUCUUGCUUCUGAUUUAAUGUGGAGGGAAAUCAAACUAUUGGCGGCCUCUAAACCUGUGAUUGCAUCAAUGGCUGAUGUUGCUGCUAGUGGAGGAUACUACAUGGCAAUGGCUGCUCAGGCUAUAGUAGCUGAGAAUCUCACGUUAACAGGUUCAAUUGGAGUUGUGACAGGAAAGUUUAAUUUGGAGAAACUAUAUGAAAAAAUCGGCUUCAAUAAGGAGAUAAUAUCAAGGGGAAGAUAUGCGGAGCUGACUGCUGCUGAACAGAGGCCAUUCAGAGCAGAUGAAGCAGAACUCUUCGCGAAGUCAGCACAGAAUGCAUAUAAAAAAUUCCGAGACAAGGCAGCCUUUUCUAGAUCAAUGACUGUGGAGAGCAUGGAAGAAGUAGCUCAAGGAAGAGUUUGGACUGGGAGUGAUGCAGCUUCACGAGGUCUUGUGGAUGCUAUUGGGGGACUCUCUCGAGCAGUAGCAAUUGCGAAACAAAAGGCUAAUAUACCAGUGGACAAACAGGUCACACUUGUUGAGCUGUCAAGGCCUUCUUCAUCUCUACCCGAAGUCUUAAGUGGCUUAGGGAAUUCCAUAGUUGAAGCUGACACUGUAGUCAAAGAGUUGCUAGAAGACAUGGCAUCUUUGAGUGGAAUUCAAGCUCGUAUGGAUGGGAUCGUGUUUGAAAAAUUGGAAGGAGCUUCAUAUGCCAACGUCAUCUUCAAACUUAUCAAGGAUUACCUAAGGUCAUUUUGA